AUGAGGUCAUUAAUUUUAAUUUUUUUUUUCAUUUAUAUAUUAAUUCAUUAUAAUUGCGUUAUUGCAAAAAACAAAAAUAAAAAUUUGAAUCAAAAACCAGUAUGUAACAAAUCUUGUAAUAUAGAUAAUAAUAAUGAAGAUGAUAUUAGUGAAGAUGAUAAUGAAGAUAUAGAACAAAAAAGUGAUGAUUCUUCACAACAAUCAAAUGAACAAAAAGAUGAUAACAGCGUAAUAAGAAAGAUUAACCAUGGUUUACCAGAUGAUGACAGUAGUUCAAGAGGAGGUGAAGAUGAAGAACAAAAAUAUGGUGAGUCAUCUUCUGGUAUGGAUUCUGUGAAUAAUGAUGAUGUAAAUGAUGAUAGAAGGGAUAAUUAUUUAGGUGAUGAUGACAAUGUAAAUUUAAAUUUUGAGGAUAAUCCAUUACAAGAUAGUAUUUUAGGUUUGAAUGGAUUUUUUCCAGGAAAUUUAGGUGGAAGCAAUCUUCAGAAAAUAUUGAAUGAUGAUGCUUUUCAAUCUUUUUUAAAUUCUUUAGGAAAUAGUGUAGGUAAUAAUUUUGAUAAUAAAAAUAAUAUAUUUGGUAACAUUUUUAAAGACAUGGUUAAUGCAAUUGAUAAGAAAAAUUUUGAUGUAGAAGAAAAGAAAGGAAAUGAGGAGAAUAUUGAUGUAAAUAAAAAUAAAGGUAAUUUAAGAAAUGAUGACGAUGAUGAUGAUGUUGAUUAUGAUGAUGAUAGUGAUAAUGAUACUAAUUACUCAGGAGAUAGUAAUGAGGACAUUUACAAAAAUGAAGAUAAUCCAUUUGUCAAAAAAAAUAAUGAAGAUUCUUCAUUAAAUGCAGAAAAUUUAAAAAAAUUAAAUGAUAUAAAGAAUAAAUUAGAAGAUACAUUAAAAAAUGUUGGUUUUAAUGUUGAUAAAUUAAAAGAAAAUAUUAAAAAUAAUAAAAUGUUAAACAAUAGCAAUUACUUACAAAAUGAUGCAUUUAAACAGUUUAUGGCAAAUUUACCAAUAAAUUCAACAUUUGAUGAUUUAAAAACCAAAAAUGAUAUAACUAGUAAAAAGAAUAAUGAAGGCAAUAAUAAUAAUUAUUAUGUAUCUAAUUCAAAUAAAAAUCAAGUUUCUUUUGAAGAUAAACUUAACACAUUUGGUGACAUUUUAAAUAGUAUGAAUAAAACUCCAGAAGAAGAUAACGAUGAUGCAACAACACUAUCUGAUAAUUCAGAUGAAGAAGAAACAUACAUAGAUGAACAAGAAAACUUAUUCAAUGAAGAUGGUAACAGUAAUAAGAGAAAUUUUAAUUUUAAUGAUGAUAACUAUGGAACGAGUGAAGAAAAAUUAAUAUCAUCAUCUCUCAAUAAUAUUAAUAAUUUUUAUGGAGAUAAUACUAAAUAUCAAUUGGAUACAUAUGACAUGGAAGAUAAUGAAAAUUCUGAUUUGGACUUAGAAGAAAAAGACAAUUCAAAUUUCAGAGAAAUGGAUAACCAUAAGAAUUUAGGAGAAGAUGAUGAAGAUGAUGAAGAUGAUGAAGAUAAUAACACGGAUUCAUAUAGUAUAAGUAAUUUAAAAAAUGAAUUAAAGGAACAUUUUGGAACGGAUGAUGAACAUAUAGAUAAUGUUAUCAAUAAAUACAGCACUUUAAAUAAAAAUCAAAAAAAGAUAGAAAAUAAUGAAGAUAAUGAUGAAAAUGAAGAAAAUAGCAAAAUAAACAUUGAAGCUCUUAAAAAGUUAAUUGAAGAAGGGAAAUUAACUUAUGAUGAUUUAACCGAUGAAGAAUUAGAAAUGUUAGCUUCACCUGAUGAUAGCUUUUUUGAUCUUUCUCCUUACCCAAGUGAUGAAAAAGAUAUAUCAAUAAAUGAAACAUCUGGUUUAUAUAAUGAACAACUUAAGAAAUAUUUAGAAUCUUAUGGAAAUUAUCAUAUUAGUUAUGAUCCCAAAGCUAUUGAUUACUUAAAGCAAAAAAAGAUGGAAAAUAAAGAAGAAGAUAAGGAGGAUGAUUAUUACGAUUCAUACAAACAAAUAGAACACUCAUAUCAAGGAAUACCAGUAAACUACAAUCACCCAGCACCACAAUUAAUUGGUAAUAAUUAUAUUUAUACUUCUGCAUAUGAUAAAAAAGAGGAAUUAAUAAAAUAUUUGAAAGAAAAUAAUAAAAAUUUGGGAAUAUCAAAAAACGAAAAAAAUGUACAGAAAAAUAAUGUAAAUUCAAACGAUAAAAUUAGUAAUAAUUCAGAUUAUUAUAAAAAACAAAAAAUUUUGAAAUUAAUUAAAAUGAUUGAAAAUGAUAAGAAAAAUGAAAAAAAAAUUCCAAGUUCACAAAAUAUUGAAAAUGUUAAAAUGACUUAUAAAAAUUUAACGAAUGAAGAUAACAACUUUACUAUAUUUUCGAAAGAGGAGCUUGAUAGAAUGGUUCGCCAAUUUGAUUACAAUAACUUAAAAGAACCUUCUCAUUUAAGAAAUAUACCAGUUAAUUUUAAGUCCAAUAAAGAAACGAAUAAAAAGAUUGCUAAUCCAAAAUUAACAAAUAUGAAUAACAAAAAUUAUAAUAAUGCAAAUAAAUAUUUUUCGUAUAAUAAAAAAAAUGCUAAUUCAUUAAAUGGAAAAAAUUUACGAAAUACAAAAAAAAAUAAUGAAAAAAAAUUGACAAACAGAUGUAGUGGAAAAAGUUGUUCUUUAAAAAAUGAACAAUAUACUAAAAAUAACAAAGAGAUACAAAAUAAAGAUAAUUCUAGAAGUAAAAAAAAUAAUAGUAUCAAGUAUCCAUUUCCAUCUAAUAAAGGAAUAUCAUAUGAAGAUUUGAUAAAUAACUAUUUCUAUAAAAUGUUAAUUGAAGUUCCAGAUUUAAAUAUUUUAAAAGAGAAAAUCCUUAAAUUACCAUAUAGUAAGGAAGCUAAAAAAUUACUCCUAAAAAAAUAUUAUCAACAUAUAAAGGAACAUAAGGAAAAAACAUGA